UUUUUUAGUAAGCUUGAGGGUUGUGGGUUGUCUGUGUUUGGGGUUGAUUGAGAAGAUGCAUUCCCCAGACGAAGCAGAGGCAGUGAAGCCUCUGAAGAGAAGCUUUGAAAUCAUGAAUUCAAAGCAAUCUGAUCCUAUAGAGAUGGACAUUGCUCCUCCUCCUUCUACUACUACUAGUUCUUCUCUCACUCCGCACAACUUCCGACCCAGAGGGUAUCAAUUGAAGGUUUUUGAAGUUGCAAUGCGGAGAAACACAAUCGCCGUCUUAGAAACCGGUGCUGGGAAGACUAUGAUUGCUGUCAUGAUCAUCAAUGACAUGGCUCCAUCUCUCAACCUAGUUCCCCCUCAUAAAAAUAUUAUUGUAUUCUUGGCUCCCACUGUUCACCUUGUUCACCAGCAAUUUGAAGUUAUGAAGGUUCACACAAAUCUUCAAGUGGAAGAAUACUAUGGAGCCAAGGGGGUGGAUGAGUGGAAUGCUAAGUCCUGGGAAAAGGAAAUUAAUGACCAUGAUGUAUUGGUUUUGACACCCCAGAUUUUAUUGGAUGCCCUGAGGAAGGCAUUUGUGAGUUUUGAAAUGGUAUGCUUAAUGAUAAUUGAUGAAUGCCAUCGUGCUACUGGUAACCAUCCUUACACAAAAAUUAUGAAGGAAUUUUAUCACAAAUCUAGAAACAAGCCAAAGAUUUUUGGAAUGACAGCCUCCCCUGUAAUAAGAAAAGGUGUCUCAUCCCUCACGGAUUGUGAGGAGCAAAUAUCAGAACUUGAAGGCAUCUUGGAUUCCCAGAUUUAUACAGUAGAAGACAGGACAGAACUGGAAGAAAUCAUCCCCUCUGCAGAAGAAAUCUGUAGAUUCUAUGAUCCAGCAGUGUCUUUGAAUAUGGAUUUGAAAGCAAAGCUGGAAUCAUCAUGGAAGAAGUUUGAUGCUUUGUUGCUUGAGUUGCAAGGUUCAAUUUCAAGUCAAUAUAGAGAUACGGAAGAUAAGUACACGGCACUGAGAAAGCGGCUGUCCAAUGACAAUGCAAAGAUCUUGUAUUGCCUCGAUGAUCUUGGCCUCCUAUGUGCUUAUGAGGCUGUUAAAGUUUGUAUAGAGAAUUCCUCUAAUGCAACUGCAGAAUGUGAAUAUUAUAGAAAAAGUUCUUUGCAGUGUAAAUAUUUUCUUGAGGAGGUUUUAUCGACAAUGACCGCAUCAUUGCCACAUGGUACAUGGUUUGGCAAUAAAAAUCUUUUGGGAAUCGGAUCUGAUUGUUCAAAAACAGUAGCUAUGGGAUACAUAUCUCCAAAGUUAUACGAACUCUUUCAAAUUUUUCAAUCAUUUGGAGAAGCCAGGCAAGUGCUGUGCCUCAUUUUCGUUGAAAGAAUUAUAACAGCUAAAGUCAUUGAAAGAGUCAUGAAGAGAACAGAUUAUUUAUCUCAUUUGACGGUUUCCUAUUUGACCGGAAGCAAUUCAUCAGUUGAUGCCUUGGCGCCAAAAGUGCAGAAAGAAACUCUGGAAUCAUUUCGCUCUGGAAAGGUUAACCUAUUAUUUGCUACUGAUGUGGUUGAAGAGGGAAUUCAUGUUCCAAACUGUUCUUCUGUCAUACGCUUUGACCUGCCGAAGACAGUUCGCAGCUAUGUUCAAUCUCGUGGUCGAGCUCGUCAAAACGACUCCCAUUUUGUCAUGAUGCUUGAGAGGGGGAACAUAAAGCAAAGAGAUCAUAUAUUUGAUAUCAUUAGGAGUGAAUACUCUAUGACAGAUACAGCUAUAAAUAGAGACCCUGACGCCAGCGUUUUAAAAGCAUGUACCAUCAAGGAAAUAGAUGCAUAUUAUGUGGAUGCGACUGGAGCAUCAGUAACUGUGGAUUCUAGUGUCAACCUCAUUCAUCGAUAUUGUGAAAAGCUUCCUAGAGAUGAGUACUUCACUCCAAAGCCCAUUUUUCAGUUCAUAUUGUCUGGAGAGUCAUAUCAGUGCAAUCUGACGUUACCUCCAAAUGCAGCUUUUCAGACUUUAGUUGGUCCUCCAAGCAGGAAUUCUCAUUUAUCAAAGCAGCUUGUGUGCUUUGAUGCGUGUAAGAAAUUACAUCAGAUGGGUGCUCUUAAUGAUCAUCUUCUUCCUUUUAAUGAAGAGCCUUCAGUAAAUGAUUCCACUUUAAAGAGCAAAAGAUCAACUUCAAGUGCAGGAACAACAAAAAGGAAGGAAUUGCAUGGGACAACCUGUGUCCAUGCACUCUCUGGAACAUGGGGAUUAAAACCCGAUGGCACUGUUUUUCAAGCUUAUAGAAUACAUUUUACUUGUAAUAUACCUGGUGUGCAUUACUCUAGUUUUGUUCUUUUGAUUGACUCAAAGCUAGAUGAUGAUGUGGGAAAUGUUGAAAUGGAACUUUUCUUACUUUCGAAGUUUGUGAAAUCUUCGGUUUCUUCAUGCGGCGAAAUACAUCUAGAUGCAGAACAGGUGGUGCGAGCAAUGUGCUUUCAAGAAUUUUUUUUUAAUGGGAUAUUUGGGAAAUUGUUUGUUCGAUUGAAAUCAUCAAGAGGAGGAAGAAAAUUUCUACUGCAAGGGGAAUCGCUAUGGGAACCAUCAAACAUGUACCUUCUCCUACCACUGGAGUCAUCAAAUGUCUCUAGUGAUGAACCUUGGAGAAUUAAUUGGAUGGGAAUCAAUUCUUGUGUUUCUGUGGUAGAAUUUUUGAAAGAAAAUGCUUGGUUAAGCGCUGAGCAAUCUAGUGGUGAUAGGGGAAAUUCAUCAGUUCAUGGCACGAACUCAAUUGAGUCUGAAUGCAAAGCCACAAAUGUCAUCCACCUGGCCAAUAAAUCAAUUGGUACCAAAAACCUCAGGGAGAUGGUGGUUUUGGCAAUUCACACAGGGAGAAUUUACUCUGUCUUACGUGCCGUUGAUAAUACAUCUGCUGAGAGUCCUUUUGAUGGGAACUCUGAUGCAAUCCCUUCUAGUUAUUCAUCCUUUGCAGAGUACUUUAGCAAAAAGUAUGGGAUUACACUAAUGCAUCCUGGACAGCCUUUGCUACUGCUAAAGCAAAGUCACAAUGCACACAACCUUCUUGUGGAUUUUAGGAAUGAAGCAGGUGCUUCAUUUGGAAAGAAUUUGGAAGCAGUCAAUAAAAUGGCUGUUGAAAAACCCCGAAAUCAUGUGCACAUGCCACCUGAACUUCUAGUCAGUAUUGAUGUACCAAUAAAUGUUCUGAAAUCAUUUUACUUGCUACCAUCAUUAAUGUACCGACUGGAGUCCCUGAUGUUGGCCAGCCAGCUUAGAGAAGAGAUUGCGUGUCAUUCUAGCAAUAUUCGGAUACCUAGCUCAUUGAUUCUGGAAGCCAUCACAACUCUUAGAUGUAAUGAAGUUUUUUCCAUGGAGCGCUUGGAGUUGCUGGGAGACUCAGUUUUGAAGUAUUCUGUGAGCUGCCACCUCUUUCUUAAAUAUCCCAAGAAGCAUGAAGGACAAUUAUCUGCUAGACGCUCAUGGGCUGUUUGCAAUUCAACCCUACAUAAAUUGGGAACUGAUCGCAACUUACAGGGGUAUAUACGAGACGGUGCAUUUGAACCCCGUCGAUGGAUUGCUCCAGGACAGCGUUCUAUACACCCUUGUCCUUGUUCUUGUGGGGUGGAUACUUUAGAGGUGCCUCUCGACAUCAAAUUUCAAACUGAAGAUGCUAAAGUUGUUGGGAAGUGCUGUGACAGGGGUCAUAGGUGGAUGGGUUCAAAAACCAUAUCUGAUUGUGUUGAAGCCCUCAUAGGAGCCUACUAUGUUGGUGGUGGAUUGACUGCAGCUCUUCAAUUGAUGAAAUGGCUUGGUGUUGAUGCUGAGCUUGAGCCGUCACUAGUAGAUGAAGCCAUAAAAGUUGCAUCUCUCCACUCCUACAUUCCAAAAGCUAAAGAGAUUGAAACUCUAGAGUCAAAGCUUGGGUAUGAGUUCUCUAUCAGGGGUCUGUUACUAGAGGCGAUAACACAUGCAUCUGAGCAAGAACUUGGGGUUGGCUACUGUUACCAGAGGCUUGAAUUUCUUGGUGACUCUGUGUUGGACAUACUUAUUACAUGGCAUUUGUACCAAAGUCAUACUGAUAUUGAUCCAGGAGAGUUGACCGACUUACGUUCGGCCUCUGUUAACAACGAAAAUUUUGCUAAUGUUGCUGUGAAAAAGAACCUUUACCAGCACCUUCAACAUCGCUCUGGAUUACUUUUAAAUCAAAUAACAGAGUAUGUGAAGUUUAUUUCUGGUUCUCAAAGAACCACUCAGCCCUUGCAAGGUGGGAAGGGUCUUAAGACUCUUGGAGACUUGGUGGAAAGUAUUGCAGGGGCAAUACUUAUUGAUACCAAGCUCAAUCUUGAUGAAGUGUGGAGAAUUUUUGAACCUCUGUUGUCUCCAAUUGUGACCCCUGAUAAACUUGAACUGCCUCCUUUGCGUGAACUUAUUGAAUUAUGCGACUCUCUUGGGUACUUUAUAAAAGAAAAUUGUAUUAAAAAGGGAGGAAUGGUGCAUGCAGAGCUUAGAUUACAGCUGAAAGACGUCUUACUGGUUGGAGAAGGACUUGGGCACAAUAGAAAAGUUGCAAAGGGACAAGCAGCUCUUCAUUUGUUGAAGGACCUGGAGAGUAGAGGAAUUUCAUACUCCAAAAGGAGAAAACAAUGUCCUGAUGGAGUUGGUGUUCAGUCUACCCUGCACCUGGAUAAUAAUAUCUGCAGCCAAACAAACGCUGAUCCUUCACAGCCAAAAGCCCAGAAAAAACAAAAGACAACCGUAACUCAGUUGGAUUCAGUGCCGAAUAAAAAUCCUUACCAUAGCGAUGACUGUUCUAGCAAAUCUUGUGACAUCCCAGUUCUUUCAUCAAUUAACAUGAAGAAAGGAGGACCUCGAACAGCCCUUUAUGACCUUUGCAAGAGACUGCAGUGGCCCAUGCCUACCUUUAAAUCAACAGAGAACAAAUCAAGAACUCCCAUUGAAUUUUGUGAAGGAUCUGAAAGGAGGACAGGUUUUAACAGUUAUGCAUCUACAAUAACCUUGACCAUACCUGACUCUGGUGUCAUUGAACUAAGUGGUGACCAAAGAGCGGAUAAAAAGAGUUCUUUUGACUCUGCAGCACUCCUUAUGCUUUAUGAACUUCAAGGCAGGGAAAACUCAUCAUUGGUGUGAGGUGGGGGGCGUGGUGUGACGUGUCACUUUAGUUGCAAGCAGCAAUUCCUUUCUAGUUGAAGAGUAUGAUAGAGAGAAUUUUUCUUAUAAUCUUUAAACUACCACUUCUAUUUAUAUGUCUUGUUAUGUAGCUGAGUAUGAAACUUGGUACAGUUGUGGAAGUUAGUAGCUAGCUGCAAUGUUAAUGUUAACAGACAGCAUGUUGUAUUUAGCUUGUGGAUAUAUAUUUAUCUAUAUAUAUAUAUAUAUAUAUGUAUAUGUAUAUGCUAACUUCAAUGUAAAGGAUUGGUGUAUUUAACACGAGGCUAUAAUAGGAAAUUUAAUUAUUUGAGUUC